AGUUCGUUUGGUAAGGGGUCGACACAAUAGAAAGCUUCAAAUAGCCUUGUUCACACAAACAAUGUAUAGAGUGGCCUCUCUGACUAGCACUGGUAGUCGUUGGCGAGGGACCGUGGAUCUGAGCUGUGCUCGCUACCUUCAUAAGAGACCUCAUCUCACUCGUGGUUCCAUGGCGUUGAUGCAACCAACCGUAGCCUCCUCCAGGCAGAGCCGAGGGUACAGCGGAGGAGGUCCCAAGCUCCAGUUCCCCCCUCUCCCCAAAGAAUGGGAGGGACAGUAUAAGGUAGGGCAGAUGUUCACUCAGCAGGACUCUUUGCCACGCCUACCAGUACCCCCACUGCAACAAACACUGGAGAGAUACCUCAAGUUUGUACAGCCGCUGAUUUCAGAGGAGGAAUUUGAGAAGACAACGGCGGCUGUGACAGAGUUUGGAGCAGAAGGUGGUGUGGGGGAGGAGCUACAGAGACUACUACACGAGAGGGCCAAGACCAAGGACAGCUGGCUCAUAGACUGGUGGAACCAUGUGGCGUACCUGGCUUAUCGUCUACCCGUGAUGGUCCAUUCCAAUCCGGCCAUCGGGUUCCCACGGCAACCAUGUGGCGAUCAAGACAAAUUUGUGACAAAUGCAACUCGAAUGCUGCUCGGAUGUGUCAAGUGGAACAUGCUCAUCCAAAAUGAGGCUAUCCCUGUGGACUACUAUCGUGGCAAGCCGCUCUGUAUGCAUCACUACCAGCUCUACUCCAAGUGUCGUAUCCCCGGGCCCACGGCUGACACCCUCAGGACCACACCCAUCAACGAAUCUCGUCAUGUCAUCGUUAUUAGGAACGGUUAUUUCUAUCGACUGGAUGUGCUCUAUGAGACCCCUGAUGGUACUCUCGCUGUGACCCCCUCCUCUCACGUCAUGUCCGAGCUACACCACAUCCUGGAGACAGCCCCUCCCACCAACGAAUACCCGGUCGGCAUUCUGACCAAUGAGCACAGAGACACCUGGUACCAGGCCCGGGAGAGGCUACGCAAAGAUCCCCAGAACCAGGCUUGUUUGGAGGAUAUUGAGACGAGUAUUCUAACCGUGUCGCUCGACAAAGCACACCCCCACACUAUGAACCUUGACCCCAGUCAGCCGUUCAACGAUUAUCAACGCUCACUGGUUGCCGGCAACUUUCUGCAUGGCAACGGGAGCCAACUAAACAGCAUCAACCGGUGGUCCGAUACUUGCAUUCAGUGUUGUGUGAGUGAGGACGGUGGUCUGGGGUCACUACUGGAGCACACUGGGGGAGAUGGUCCGCCCGCCGUUUCUGCAGAUAUCUUCUUGCUCGACAUGCUGAGCCUUGGUUACGACUGGUUGGCGGAGAGCUCCCCUGUUCCUGUGCAGUCCCUCAAGCCAGCCCGUCAGUUACGGUGGAACAUAUCUGCUGAGUCAGCUAAUGACAUUAAAACAGCCAUUGUUAAUAAUGAUAAGCUCUCGGGAGAUGUGGACUUGCGUGUUGUAACCUUUCAAGACUUUGGUAAAGACAUACCCAAGAAAUUUAAACUGUCUCCGGAUGGUUUUAUACAAACAGCCAUUCAACUAGCGUACUGGAAAUUGUACCAUAAGACAAGUGCCAUGUACGAGAGUGCUGCCACGCGUUGGUUCAAGUACGGCCGCACUGACACAAUCCGCUCCGUCAGCAAUAUCUCUCACUCCUUUCUCAAGGCCAUGUCCGACCCCACUACCCCUGUCAAAGAGAAGGCUGAGCUCCUAGUGGAGUCAGUCAAAGCUCACAGUCAUUACACGAAUGAAGCUAUCAGUGGUCAAGCACCAGACCGCCACCUGCUAGGCCUGAGGCUAAUAGCCAGUGAGGCUGGUAUAGAGUUGCCAGGGAUAUUCACUGACCCUGCCUACUCCAAGAGCCUGCACUUCAACCUCUCCACCAGCCAGGUGGCUGUGGCUAACUAUGACAUCAUCCUGUGCUUUGGUGCCGUGGUUCCUGAUGGUUAUGGCGUGUGUUACAACCCUCAGACCAACAAGACCAUCAUGUCCAUAUCAUCCUACCUGAGCUGCCCACACACGGACAGUGCUCUGUUCCAGGAGAGACUACAGGAGAGCCUCAGGGAAAUGAGAGAUGUUAUGGAGGCAGCUGCUCCACUAGCAGCCAAACUAUAACUCUGAACACAUAAUUAUCUUCUAUUAUAGUUUUUGUAUAAAUACUAAAAGUAGAGUUCAUAUGCUUGCAAUUGUUAGUUUUGUUGUGUUCUUACAAUGUGUUCAUAAUUGUUACUCACCAAAUUCUAUAAAUGACUUGUAAAUUCAAA